CCAUCAGCCUUGGAGAUGCCGAAGCGACGAGACAUCUUGGCGAUUGUGCUGAUUGUGCUUCCCUGGACGCUGCUUAUCACCGUCUGGCAUCAGAGCGCCAUUGCUCCCCUGCUGGCAGUGCAUAAGGAGGAUGGUGGGGACACACGUCGUGACUUCUCUCAAGGUUCGGACUCUAAGGAGUAUUGCUUAUCUGACCGUGACAUUGUGGAGGUGGUUAGGACAGAAUACGUCUACACCCGCCCACCUCCUUGGUCGGACGCCUUGCCCACUAUCCAUGUGGUCACUCCUACUUACAGCCGGCCAGUCCAAAAGGCGGAGCUGACACGGUUGUCCAACACCUUUUUGCACGUUCCAAACUUGCAUUGGAUCUUGGUGGAGGACUCUCAACGUCGGACUGCUCUGGUCACUCGGCUUUUGCGAGACACCGGGCUGAACUACACCCACCUCAAUGUAGAGACCCCACGCAACUACAAGCUGAGAGGGGACAUGCGGGACCCCCGGAUUCCUCGGGGAACCAUGCAAAGGAACCUGGCCCUACGGUGGCUGAGGGAGACAUUUAAUAGAAACAACAGCCAACCAGGGAUUGUUUACUUUGCAGAUGACGAUAACACCUAUAGCCUGGAACUUUUUGAGGAGAUUCUCGUUUGGCACACAAGGACCGAGAAACCUGUGCUGGUGAACGAGGGGAAGAAAGGCUUCACAGAUCCCAACGUGGAAAUCUGACAUCAUGCCGCAAAGCCAGGAACGAUCUGAGCAGUCUGUUCCCACCCCAGGCACCAAGCACCCCGAUUCCAGACUCAAACUGGG